AUGGCAAGAAGAAGGCGGCAUCAUAAGCCCAUCUCAAAACUCCUGCAGAGGGGGAGGAGAGGACUCGAAGCUUCAAGAGGAUGCACAGUCAGGACCAUAUCUUCUUUGCCUAUGAAAGCGUGCUCUCCUCGAGUCACGUCGUCCCUACCAAUCGAUUCGCCCACGAGACGAAAGCUCUCGACCGUUACUGCAUCAACACUUUACUUACCUGGACCUCGUAUCCAGCCUUCUGAACCUGCACUAUUGGCGGAUGUGGAGGGGAGCGCCCAGGUAGGGCACCAGACCAAUGGAGCAGAGGGUAAUGGAGAUGGUAAGGUACUGGAGAGGGAGGGCAAAGAGAAAAUACUGGAGAUCUCAGGGAGAUCUCAGGGAUAUCUAUCUGUAAGGUCGACUGGUCCGAUGCAUGAGCAGCACCACCUGCAAGUGUCACGCUGGGAAAUGGGACAAGGAGCUGUCAAGAAGCAUCCCACGCGCGUCCUGGUGGCUCAUGGGUCAUGGAUGUACCUGUCGCAUGGCACGCACAUCCACAGCGAAUAGUGCACGACCAUGCUCGAGGCCAACGUCGGGACACAGUAGUGAAGAAGCUUGGAGGGACCGGGGCG